AUGGCAGACCCAUCACAGCAUCAGCCUCCAAACAUCUCAUCCACGUAUCCCAAUCCUCCUGACUUUCUCUGGCGCGACUUUACACCUGAAAACAUUUCGCGCUACGACGACCUCAGCAAGAAAUGGCACGAGGAACACCCAGAAGCCGACACGCAGGCCGUCACCCUCAUACCCGACCUCCCAGUGGACCUCAGACAUCUACAGCCACCGCCUGAGCCUGCGGAAGGUGCAUGGAAGCUCUAUGGCGAUCGAUUCACCCUCAAAGAUGAAUUGCCCACCCUCGAGGAGAUGGGCGUGCCUCGUCUCGUGCCCAGCGCGUCCCAAACCACGCCGGCCAACCACUCGUCUUCAGACGCAAACCGCGAGCGGGCUUUGAAUCUGAAACGGCUCGCAAAAUCUGUCCUGCUCAAUUUCUUGGAACUCAUCGGUGCUGCUAGUAUCAACCCCGAGGGAAUAAAUGAGAAGGCGGGCGACAUCCAGACCAUCUUGUUCAACAUGCACCACGGUAUCAACGAGUACCGGCCCCAUCAGGCGAGGGAAAGCCUCAUUCAAACCAUGCAGACCCGCCUGGAUCAGAUCCGUGCCGAGACGGCCGCUGUGAAUGCGGUCACAGACAAGGCUAAGCGCGUCCUUGAGGGACUGGGUAGUAUCGAGGUACCUGCACCGAGCAAAGCCAGUCUGGUUAAGGAUCCGGCCGGCAGUACUGGAGAUGUGGCGUAUGACCCAGAAGAUGAGGAACUGUGGGACGAUGCAGCUGAGCUUGCAUGA